GCCUAUUUUACAGCGUAGUAGAGAUGUCGCCUAGAAUUCAGACAGCAUGAUUUGGCUUAAAGAGGUGGUAGGACCACAUACCACACCUACCUCUAUGGCAGAGAAGCGCACCAGGCUCGGAGAGCAGUACUACAGAGAUGCCAUGGAGCAGUGCCAUAACUACAACGCCCGGCUAUGUGCCGAGAGGAGUGUCCGAAUGCCCUUCCUGGACUCUCAGACUGGAGUGGCGCAGAACAACUGUUACAUUUGGAUGGAGAAGAGACACAGGGGACCAGGCGUGGCCCCAGGACAGUUGUACACCUACCCAUCCCGCAGGUGGAGGAAGAAACGACGAUCCCACCCCCCAGAGGAUCCCCGACUCGUCUUCCCUCCUCUAAAGUCAGAGCUGGACUUGGGGUUAAAGAAGGAUUCCCUGUCCUCUGAUGGCAGCAGUCUGGAGGCCCUGCUGAAGGGAGAAACCCUGGACAAACGGGUUCCUCCGGAGCUCCGAGGGCCUGAGGAGGAGUCCAGUCUGACAGACUACACUGGUGGGGCGGUCACCCCUGCAACACGCGUCAGAAAGAGAGUCCUGGAGCCAGAUGACUUCCUGGAUGACUUGGAGGAUGAGGACUAUGAGGAGGACACCCCAAAAAGAAGAGGGAAAGGAAAGGGAAAGGGUCGUGGAGUAAGCAGUGCCAAGAAGAAGCUGGACGCUGCGGCGGCUGCGCUGGAGGACAAGGACAAGCCCUACUCCUGUGACAACACUUUCAAACAAAAGCAUAUUUCAAAACCUUCCGAAAGAGUCUGUGGGAAGCGUUACAAGAAUCGUCCGGGCCUGAGCUACCACUACACCCACUCGCACCUGGCUGAGGAGGAGGGAGAGGACAAGGAGGAACCUGAGGUCCACACCCCCACUCCGCCCCAGCCUGAGGAGCCUAAGACACCCAAGAAAGGUCCAGAUGGUUUGGCGAUACCCAAUAACUACUGUGACUUCUGCCUGGGAGACUCUGCCCUCAACCAGAAGACGGGCCAGUCAGAGGCGCUGCAGUCCUGCUCAGACUGUGGACGUUCAGGCCACCCGUCCUGCCUGCAGUUCACCCCCGUGAUGAUGGCUGCAGUGAAGACCUACCGCUGGCAGUGCAUCGAGUGCAAGUGCUGCAACAUCUGUGGCACCUCAGAGAACGACGACCAGCUUCUCUUCUGUGAUGACUGUGAUAGAGGCUAUCAUAUGUACUGUCUCAGCCCCCCUAUGGCUGAACCUCCAGAAGGGAGCUGGAGCUGCCAUCUGUGUCUGGACCUAUUGAAAGACAAGGCGUCAAUAUAUCAGACCCGUAAUGUCCCUCCGUCGUGAUGGACCCCCAUCCUCACAUUACAACCCUCCCUCCACAGUGAGGUUCUUUUUCUGUGGUCAGUCGAGCGGAGGGGGUGGGACACAUGACUUGUGAAAAGGGAAACGUACCUCCCCCCCGCUGAAACACGCUUAGGUUUGGUUGUUCUAUGACUGUUGCACAGUUCCAAGCUCAAGUGACCCAUGUAGGCUUUUGUUUUCAACUAUUUGUCAAUAUAUCAAACUCAAUGUGUAAUAUCCUGAACUUGACAAUACAUCAAGUAUGUUUCUUUAAAUGUGGCUUUAACCACAAACACAGCUUUUACCAGCCAAAUUACACACAAUCUCACACACACACAGUGCAUUCAGAAAGUAUUCAGACCCCUUCACUUUUUCCACAUUUUGCUACGUUACAGCCUUAUUCUAAAAUUGAUUUAAAAAAUACAUUUCCUCAUCAAUCUACACACAAUACCCCAUAAUGUCUAAAAAACCUUUUGCAUUGUAAUUUUUGCCAAUUUUGUAAAAAACAACUGAAAUAAAUUAUUUACAUUGGUAUUCAGACCCUUUGCUAUGAGACUUGAAAUUGAGCUCAGGUGCGUCCUGUUUCCAUUUAUCAUCCUUGAGCUGUUUCUACAACUUGAUUGGAGUCCACCU